GUUCCCCGAAGCCAGUUUGUGUUGUGGGAGGUGACCUGGCCAGGGCCAUCUUGGGAUUUAAUAAACGUCCAAGUCCCUGUACCUCCCUUGUUCUAGGGAGAAAGUUUAUCUUGAUGCUGCCUUCAGGCUAGUAGAGGUCUGAACAGGGGACCGCCACGCACGCAGGCCAUGUCCAGUGACUCCCCAGCACUGUGGGAGCUGGUGGAGGAACAUGUUCCACUCCCAGAGCGGCCUGAAGUGAAGAGGAUUUUGGGGGAGGCAGCGGUGGACCUGAGUCUGGAGUUGCGAGAGGAGGUGGCGAUGCUAAAGGCACUGCUCCAAGAGUUCCGAUCUUCUCAAGCCUCGGGAUCCCACCCCAUCUCCGACUCUCCCUCCCUUCUGGCACCACCACCCCACUUGAGGGAUAUCAUGCGCCAAGAACUCCGACAGUUGCUCCAAGGCCUCCGCCUUAAGGCUAUCUGUGAGGGCAGGGACCAGACCCAGGCGUGGGCCCAGUAUAAUCCCAGGGUCCUUCGUUUUGCCUUAGAGGAUCCCAGGUGUGACUCAACACAACAGGAACUGUCCCAGAAGAGAGCUGGUGAGCCCAGGACUAGAAUGAGCAACACAGAGGGGGUGAUGUUAACUUCACCUGUCAGCAGCUGUCACAGGGACCUCAGUGUCAUCAAGAACGAACUGAAUGUGUCUAACAUUGACCAAGUUGCCAGACACCUGAGGAGACUCUUGGAGGAGGAGUGUCACAUGUUGCAGAGACAGGUCUCUGAGCUGCAGCACUGUCUGGAAAUGGAGCAGAUGCAGGCUUGCCAGCCCUCCAAGGCCACCCUAGAGCCCACCCUGGCAGAGAUAAAGGAACAGAAGAAGGCCAUGGAACAGGAGCUACGGUUCUCUCUGGGGCCUUCCAGUGUCUCUGCCAAGCACAGGCAGAAGCCCUUGAGGUCCAUUCCGGGCCUCAGACCCUUUCCUUGUCUCCAUGGCUACAUGCCUACACCUCCUUCGGAACGCUGCCCCCACCCUCAAGGUCAGGCAACCACCCACCGCCGCUGGGGACGGCAACUUCGAUACAGCUACUGGGAAGAGCCUACUUCCACAGCCGUGGCCAAUGCAGCAUCCCAGGCUCCGACCUGAAGGGCUGGUCACAAAACAGGCUUCUGCUGUAACUCCCCCACCUGUGGUUACCUCCAGCUGCCACAGCUCUAACCAGUUCUGCUUCGUUCUGCGUCGUUCUCAGAUGAACUCAACACAGUCCCCACAAAGCUGUGUGUUAGUCUGGUCCGGCCCCACCCCUUGCCAGGUCACUGGUAUCUAGGACUGAGUGGCAGGAUACCUGUUCUAACCACCAAAGCCUUUGGCCCCUCUCUUCCACUCAGGCCUCCACAGCGGCUUGGCAAACAGAGGUCCCAUCCCAGCCUGACUUUUGUCCCCAAGGGACCCAGACAAAGCACAGCAGCAGCUCAGAGACAGGAAUAGAAAUUUCAUUAAAAUCUAUGGACUUUAAAA